AUGACAGUUUGUGAUGUCAGGAACCUACUCUGAGAAAAAGGUUUGUGUGCAAAGGAUUUUAUUUAAGCUCCCGACAUGCUUUGCUCUUCCUGGUUACAGCGGCUGUGGGCUGGAAGGGUAUUGGUGUAUCCAGCCUGGCGUAGGUUGCCUUGGAUUCACUGCUGGGAAAGAAGACGUCUGGAUAUGGAUGCAAGACUGUUGGCUCUCAGCACAGCACUCUGAAGCUUAUAAGAAACCAACCUACAAGUUGUUGGUAUCUAAGCAGCAGCGUCACAUGGGAAUCUAUGAGAUGGACGAAUUCAAAAGGUUGUAUGUGUUUAUGUGCCAAGAGAGGGGUUCAGAGCCUCAAGAAUCAGUGCUUAGUCAGAUGAAGGAAAUUAGAGAAUCAACAAAAAGGAGACAACUUGACCUCUCCACGCAGAGCAUCUCCCAGGAGUCAUGCCAGGUCCUUGGGAUCCUCCUGCAAAAUGAUGUGACAUUCACUCAGGUGCUCCUCAGUGACUGCAUGAUCAGCGAGGAUGGUCUUAAAGCUUUCCUUCAGGGUAUGCAGUCCAAUUCCGUAAUAAAGCACUUGGACCUUAAGGGUAAUAACCUGCAAGCUAAGGGCGGUGAGGCUUUGGGAAAGUUCCUGAGACACACAGCUUCUCUAACAAGUCUUACUUUAGAAUGGAAUAAUUUGGGGACCUGGGAGAAUGGAUUCUCUUUCUUCUGUGAAGGACUUGCCUUAAACCAAAGCUUACAGAAACUUGAUCUCCGAAACAACCAGAUAAACCACAAAGGGGCAGAAGAGCUGGCUAUGGCACUACAGCGCAAUUCUACAUUACAAGAGUUAGAUCUUCGCUGGAAUAACAUUGGUUUACUUGGAGGGCGGGCCAUACAAAGCUGCUUUGAAAGCAACAAAGCACUUGUAAAGUUGGAGUUAUCUGGGAACAACAUCUCAAGUGAUGUGCUGAAGGCCAUUGAAUUGUGCAUCAAACAUAACCAGGAAAGGCAGUUUGUAAAGAAAGGAAAUAUGAACCAACAACAGAUACUCACCAAGGAGGUUCAAAAUCUGAAGCAGGAUAAGAACAGACAGUUUAUUAAUAUGAUGGAAACCAUCGAUAAGCAGAGGGAAGAAAUGAAUUCCAUCAACAGGAAUGCAGUUUUACAAGCUGGAAAACUUCGGGGGACCCUAGAGGAGAGGACGUCUGUUGUGAAUUCAUUAACUGCCAAGUUGCAAUUGAUGGAGGCUGAUCUGGCUUUGUCGCACCAGAAAGAACAGGACCUGGGGGACCUCCUGAGACAAGUAAAGCAGCAAGAUUCUAGUAUGAUGGAAAAACACGCCAAGGAACUAAUGAAGGCAAAAGAGGAAUUCAGAGAGCAUGAAGCCAAACGCAGAAGGGAUUUAGCAGCUGCAAAUGAGAAAAAUCUUCAUUAUCGGAGCAAGAUUGAUGAGCUGGAACGAAAAUGCCAAACGCAGCAGGACCUUGUUUUUGAGCUGAAGCAGGAACUGACAAACACAACUGCAGAGCUGAAGCUGCGAGCUGUGCAGGCAGAAGAGCGUUUUGAAGCAGAGAAAAAGAGAUUCAGACAGUUCAGGGAUAAUUCCACCACGCUACAUCAAAAAGAGGUGGAUCAUAUGGCAAAGCAUUUGGAGGAUGCUGAGAGAGUGACACAGGAAAGGGUUCAACGUCUCGAGGCUACAAAGCUGGGCUUGGAGGAGGAACUGAGCAGAUUGAAAAUAAUGUUAGCCAACCAGCAUACUCAGGCAGAAGAAGAGCUGCAGAAAGUCCGUAGUUUUGUGCAGCUUGAAGAGCAGCAACACUCUGCUGUUCUUCAUGACAAGCUCCGUACACUCACUCAGUCACGGGACCAAGCACAGAAUCAAGUUUUGCAACAGAACCAGAUGAUAGGGGAGCUACAGACUAAGAACAACCAACUCAGCUUGGAAAUAGAAGUCCUAAAAAGAAGGAUUGAUGGGAUACAACAGGAACUGGCCACAAAAGAGGAGGAGAAAUUGUCUGCAUUAACAAAGGUGCGUGUAGAAUUCCAUGAACAGAUUGGACACCUUGAGGCCCAGCUGGCAACACAAGAAGGACUGAGAGAGAAAAUCAGUGCACUAGAAAGACAGCAAAAAGUGCAAUCACAUCAACACCGUGAGAUACUGUUGGACAAGGAAUCUGAGAUUUCCACUCUGAUGGAAAAGCUUCGGCUUAAGGAUGCAGAGAUUCUGAGGAUACGAGAAGAGGAAGCGCAUAGAGCAUGCUUACUGCAGAAUGCUAUCCACUCCUUCAUUAGCAGCUCCCCCCUGGGCAGCACAACCGACAAGAAGUGAAUGAUUUGCUUACAGGGGAAGCCGGUGUAAAUUUACAUAGGGCUAAAUUGUGUAUUUACACCAUUAAAAUUGAGGACCAGUAAUUGAAUGCAAUUUUUUUAAAAUUUUCCUUUUUAAUGCACUUUUCAAAGCAUCUGUAAUUUUGCACUAGAAAAAUGCGUGUGAGGUACAAGCAAGAAGAUGCAAAAGACUGGUAACCUUAAACUUAAAUCAGGCUGUUUACCCUUAUUCAACAUUAAGUAAAUAAUGAUGGCUUGUACUUAAAGGGACAGUAUACACCAAAAACACUUUUUCUAAAACUUCGUAUAAUAUGUUGAAAAGGGAUUUUUAUUGUGUAGCUUUUAUUACUGAAUCACUUUGUGUACAUUGCAAAUAAAUACUAUUUAAUUUUU